AUGGCAGCGGCACGGCAGCGGCACGGCAGCGACAGGGCAGCGGCACGACAGGGCACGGCAGGGCAGCGGCACGGUGCACAGGCAGGGGCAGGGCAGCGGCACGACAGCGGCAGGGGCAGGGAAGCGGCAGGGGCAGGGCAGCGGCACGGCCGGGCACGGCACGACAGCGGCGAGGGGGCAGGGCAAGGGCAGGGCAGGGCAGCGGCAGGGGCAGGGGCAGGGCAGCGGCAUGGCAGCAGCAGGGGGCAGGGCAGCGGCAGGGCCGGGGCAGCGGCAGGGGCAGGGCAGCGGCGGGGCCAGGGGCAGCGGCACGGCAGGGCACGGCAGCGGCAGGGGCAGGGCACCUGCGGCAUGGGCGUGGGCAUCUGCGGCAUUUCGUCGAACACCCUAAGGGUGGUGUCGACGAAGCCGCAGAGUGCGGCUUGGCGUCGUCGGCGUGGGCGUCUGCGAGCGUCGGGGGUACGGCGGGGCGUGGUGAGGCGACAUCGGGGCACGGCGGGGCGUGGUGAGGCGACGUCGGCGGCGCCGGCGCCGGACACUGCGCGCGACGCGCGUGCGAGCGGGGGAGGGAAGAAGGCCGGGGAGGAGCGGCGCGCGCGGACUUACCUGCGGAGAGCGGCGACGGCGUGGCUGCGGACGGCGGCGCGUCGUGGCUCGGAUGGCGGCGCGGUGUGGCUCGGAUGA